AGGAAGUAGAAGACGAAGAGAAGAGAAGACGAAGGAAAGAAAAGAAACAGAAGAAGCCCGUCGUCUGUCCAGACAUGUCUACUGCAUACAAAAACAGAAUACAGGAAUUCAAAGUGACAUUGAGUGAAGAAAACAUCAACUUAAAGACACUGAGGGAGCUGUGCUUCAAUGGAAUCCCAUUUGAAGGAGGCAUACGAGCACUUUGCUGGAAAAUCCUUCUGAAUUAUCUACCUUCCGAUCAGACACUAUGGGAGUCUUUCCUCAAAAAGCAGAGGGAGGUUUACUCUCAGUUCCUAAAAGAAAUGAUCAUCCAGCCUGGCAUUGCCAAAGCCAACUUUGGCCUUUCCAGAGAAGAUGUGACCAUGGAGGACCAUCCUCUAAAUCCAAACCCCGACAGCCGGUGGAAUAACUACUUUAAAGAUAAUGAAAUUCUACUACAAAUCGACAAAGAUGUAAGACGGCUGUACCCAGACAUGGCCUUCUUCCAGCGUCCUACAGAUUAUCCUUGUCAACUCAUCCUGGACCCUCAGAACGAUUACGAGACGCUGCGUCGACGAGUUGAGCAAACCACCCUGAAAGCUCAGACUGUAAACCGCAACCGCAGUGGAGUCACCAACGUCAGCUCCCCUGGAAAGGAGUUGAAUCUGUAUCCAUCAAACGAGUAUGAGGUGCUGCCUAAUGGAAGUGAAGCCCACUGGGAGGUGGUGGAGAGGAUCCUCUUCAUCUACGCCAAGCUCAACCCUGGGAUCGCCUACGUGCAGGGCAUGAACGAGAUAGUUGGACCAAUUUACUACACCUUCGCCACUGACCCCAACAGCCAGUGGAAAGAGCACGCCGAAGCAGAUACAUUCUUCUGUUUCACCAACCUGAUGUCAGAGAACAGAGACAACUUCAUCAAGAGCCUGGACGACUCUCAGUGCGGCAUCACCUACAAGAUGGAGAGUGUUUACUCCAUGCUCAAAGACAAGGACCUGGAGCUCUAUCUCAAGCUGGAAGAGCAGAACAUCAAACCCCAGUAUUUCACAUUCCGGUGGCUGACCCUGUUGUUAUCUCAGGAGUUCCUCCUGCCAGAUGUCAUCCGUAUCUGGGACACCCUGUUUUCUGACCAGGACAGAUUCCACUUCCUCAUCCUGGUCUGCUGUGCCAUGCUCAUACUAAUCCGAGAGAACCUCCUGGCAGGAGACUUCACGGUGAAUAUGAGAUUACUACAGGAUUAUCCCAUCUCAGAUGUCCACACCAUCCUGACUAAGGCCAAAGAUCUGCGGGAUAACUCCUAACCUGUCCACUUCUUCUUCUUCUUCUUCAGCCUUCCUGCUCAGAUGUGAUUGGUGAGAGUUUAACCCUUACAAAACAUUGUCAUGUCAAACAUGUAUCGUGGAAGGAGUCGUUCGAUGAAGACUUUGGACAGGUGUGUUGGUAAAAACCCAGCACUCUGCUCACUUUUUAACUCAAUGUUUGAUGAUUGCUCGCUGGGGACUGCCUUGAAACUUUUGAGGACAAGCUGAAACUUUUUCUUUCUUGAAGUGAGGAGGAGAAGAUGCCACUUCAUUUUUGAUGCAUUGUUGGAAAAGGCCACCUUGGUACAUGGCCCUCCUCCUCCUCUCACAGCCAUCUCUCCCAUGGAGACUAACGAUGAUUGCACUGCACAUCUGAGGGAGAGGGAGCCAGAAUUAGUCCUACACUACACAUUUUAGUUCGUCAUUACCAGAAAUGUUAAACAACAGAGCCACUGCAACAUGUAUGUAGAUAGAUCCAGCAAAGGUUUCAUCGGGUUCAGCAAUAGUGCAUGUUUGUCUUUUAAGUUGUUUUUUUUUUUUUUAGAAGUUAAACAUUUUUUAUGAACGACACAUAUUUGCCUUACCUAUUUAAUUAUGUGAAGCAGGAACAGUAUUUCCAGGUACAUUUGUUGUCUGGAAAAACAUAAUUAUGAAGAGACAGGUUUGGCCUAUUGAAUUUUUUAUUUGUAACACAAAUCAUUCUUUCUUGAGCAUUACGUCUCAACAAGCCUCAUGUGAUGAAUGUCCUUGUAAAGUCAUUUUACUUUGACGGAACAAAGUAAGAACCUUCAGAUGGAAUUAUGUUGGUGCUCUUCACACUGAACAUUAUUUGCUGAGCUUUUUCCCCCAAUUAUCAAUAUGGUAGCUUCAUUACAAUACUCUAGAGCCAGUGAUUGGGACUAGCCAGUUUGUACACUAUUUUCAUAGAAUGUAUAUAUUUUAAAAGGUUAGCUCUGAGUUGGAAUCCUGCUGGUUUCUACAGUAAUUACGUUGGAUAUUGUUUAAAAUGUACCAAUAUUGGUGCAGUCUGAUACCGUACCAGAACAUUAACGAACAAUGUUUUUCAAUAAUUACAAAAGAAUAAUUACAAAAUUCUGAAAUCUUCAAAGAUGUUUACACAAGCAGCCGUCUAAGACAUGUGCCCAUUCAUUGCCACAUGUUGAUGCCUGAUACUUUUCAAUCCUCUGUACUAGCUAGAGGUGUGAAUCAGCAUAUCGGCCCCACGAUACGAUUUUCUCCUGAUACUUGAGUCACAAUACGAUAUUAUUGUGAUUUUAAGCAUUUUGCAAAAAGGUGAGUAUUGAGAUACAAUAUAUUGCGAUUCAGUCAAGAAUUGUUUUGUCCAAUAAGAGAAAAUUCUCAGUCUAUUCAUCUCAAUUCAGUCUUUUUAUUUCUCCACAAUGAGAGUCAAACCCACAGACUGACCAACAAAGUAUUCAGUCAAACUGAACUGAACUGAUAUCAAACAUAUAUGGACGAAAACAACUGCAGCAUUUUAUCAAAAACAUUUCUUUCAAAAACAACAAGCUUCACUGCUCUGAACGUUUUUUGAAUGAAACAUAAAAAAAGCCGCAUUUUUGCAGCAUUACGUCAACUUCCCAACAUGAUAUCCUGACCCACAUGGUGCCUAUAGAUCUCCUUUGAAGUCUCAGCUCGAUAUGUGAAUCAUUUUAAUUAUAUAUGUAUGCUGCUGACCCAUAACAGUCUUGGCACUGCAUAAAUUGGGUUGUAGGAUAAUCACAGCCUCAUGAAUACGAGAGUAUUCAGAGGAUGAUGUUUUUUUUCAAAGUUUAUUGACAAAAAGUUUCUCAGCAAUUCCAAUAACAAAAGUGCUUGCCAUCCAAACACUGAAAAAUACCUUUGGUUAUUGAGACUGCCAGGAUGGCUGGUGUUCCCAGAUUAAACUGUACAGCCUAAGGCAUCCAUUGGUUCCAUGGCAUGCUUACCAAGGGUUAAAUAAACCUCCAAAGUUUGAAAAUGUCCAUACCAGUUUUUUCCUCAUCAAAAUUUAGCCAAAGGGGUCCUUUGACCUCUCAGCUCAAGCUAUGUGAAUGAAUUUCAGUAUUCAUGUAUCCUGGGGUCCCUUAACAGUCUUUUUGCAUAAAUUUGCUAUCACUGGAAAGCUUUUAAACUUUGCUUUAAUCUUUUGUGGGUUAACCACAGCCUCGUGAAACUUUACUACCACAAACUAGAGACCUGGAGCAUUCAGAAGAUGAUGGUUUUUAAAGUUCAUGGACAAAAAGUUUCUAAGCAAUUCCCAUAACAGAAGUGCUUGCCAUCCAAUCACUGAAAUAUGCUAUUUGUUUAGAAAGCUUCACAUGUUGAAGGUUUUUGAUCGCCAAUCACAGCAUGGAUUGAUCUAUGGUGUUCCUCAAGGCCUUGGUGGUAGUUUGGAGGUAUUCUUCAAUACUCAAGUGGUCAAAAAUGGUUCAUUUUUGACAACAGUGUGGCAUCAGCCAAACAAAAUUGCUAUAGAGCCAGAUAAUGUUCAGUGUUCUCACCAGCACAGUUUCACAAAGACUCUCAUCUCUCUUAGGGUUUUAUCUCAUGGCGUGCACCGACUAUAUGAUCCAUGUGACUGGCCAUGGCUUGAUUGAGUCUAUGAGAAUAUUUGAAUGUAAAUAUGUAUGUUCAAAGUGAAGUUUGCCAGUGUUGUAAUAUCCAGUCUUAAGGAUAACCACAGGGAAAUGGACACUAAGUUGUCUCAGAAAUCUGUUGAUGAUAUUAUGGCCUUUUGAAUCAUUCGAUGCAUAUUACUCAUAUGAAGGCACUCUAUGUAGGUUGGUGCUGAUAUGCUUCCCCACGUUAAUAUGAACAAGAAUAUAACUGAAGUUCUUGCUGAGAAGGUCACUGUAACUGACUCAUCUCAUCUUGUAUAAAGUGCAGGAAUUUCACAUACGAGCGUUCGUGUGAAACUGAAGUAUUUCUGUAAUGCAUCAUUUUUUAUUAUCUUUAUAUACACUCUUUAGAAAUCGGAUGGAGCAUUAAAAAGUCUGUUUUUUCUGCUUCCAAAGAUGUCUUACCACCCUAAUGAAAAGACACUAUUAAAAUCAUUAAUAUUGUUGAGGGUUGUGUUUGUUGAAUCCCUGUUCACUUUUACCAGUUUUAUUUAAUCUUUUAAUCGCUUUUAUUUAUGUCAGAAGUGCAUAUUCUUCUUAAGCUUAUUUUGGACAAAGGGUAUGGAGACGCACUGGAUUCUCCAGCAUUAAAAGAAAUGGUUUCAGUUCUAUAACUUUGUAUGAAAUGAUCACAUUCACUGAAGGUGGUUCAUUCUCAAAUGUUCCAUAAGUUUUAAUCACAGUGAGUCAAAGAGGAGGGCAGAUUUGGAUAUGAUUAUGAAAAAAAGGCAACUAAAGGACCCUUUCCCCACAAAUAAGACGUCGUCCUGCUCCGUGCAGAGUUUCUUUUUACUUGAAAUCGACAGAUAAAAAUAAUCAGUCCUUAACAACUUGUUCCAGUGUAUUUAGCUCGUUGUCUAUAUCCAACCACUGAAAAAGCAAGCAAGACCAAAAAAAAAGACAUUCUGCAUUUGAAGGCAUUUUUCUAUCUAUCUAUCUGUUUGGUGAACAUUUCGGAGAGACUGUUACUAAUUGAUGGCAUCCACAUCCUUCUCUUUUUAAUGUGUAUUUAUUUCUAUCCUAGUAUGUGUGUGUGCGUGUGUGUUGGGGAGUGACGUUAACUAUACUCUGUCCUAUGUCAGUUAUUUGCAUGGUUCCAAUUUUGUAAGUACAUUUUGUAAUGUCGCCAGUGUUAAGAUUUGUAAAUAUGAUUUUAUGUUUUCAGAUGUGCAUUAAAAAUUAAAGAUGGUAUACAUCUCU